CUACGAUAAAGUGAAACAAGUUGCUCGAAGUUGGAGGCCAGGUCAAGUUCUAACCUGUACCUAUCGGUUUUUACCUAGACUGAGGAGAUUGAAGAGUAUAUAUCUAUGAAUUUUUGAUGGGAGAGCAUGACUGUGGCGAUCCUCCACGGCCGUUCCGAGUCGAGGAAGCAACCUGAAGUACUAGUAGGCGACAUUGCUGCCUUAUCUAUUCUGACUCGACAGACCUUUUCAAAGUGGAGCGCAGUAAUCUGUCUGGACUAUACCUGGAGCCAUGCCAGUUCGCUGAUAUUAUCCCAAAAUCAUGUUGGGAAGGCUGCAUACAAGCACAGCCGUCGCGAGUAAACCAGUAGGUGCCUGUCGGGGUCAUCCUAUUGGGUCACCAGGUCCAUAUGUCGGUGUUCUAUGUCAAUGGUAAGUGCUUUACCCACUACUGUCUGCAUGGCUCUUAGGAAUGGUAAGUGGCACGAAUAUAACAUAUGCUUUGCAAAGUCUUU